GUGAUGAGCAGCCAUUUUGUCCUUAGAAAAUUGCAUUUUUCAGGUUAAAAAAUACCUGGAAAUGGGUAAAAAUACAUGAAAAAUAAUGAUGCGCUGUUUUGCAGUGACGUCGAAUAUUAAUAAUGUUUUGAAGCAGUGAUGAAGAAAUGUCAAGGUACAGGAGUGGAGAAGUACUAUAUAGAAUAUGGCGAUAAUAAGAGCAACUUUAAUGGCCAAAAAACGGACGUAUUUUAAGUUCUAUCCAGUCGAGUAGAUAUCUAGAGUAGCGAAAAGUAGACAAACAAGUUGGACUUCCUCGUCGUCCAGCACUUCCACUCUGACGCAAAGAGCUGUGACAUUUCCAAGAUGGACGCUCCCCACUUUUAGGUUUCUGUUUCUUUUUCUGGACGGACUCCUCAUACGCCGCUAGUCUAGAUAGGCGUCGAAGAUUGCGACGGACAAGACUCCUUCUAAACCAUCGAGAUACUUAAAAUAGAUACAUUUUUUUUCGCUUACGUGGUGUAUUUAGCAACUUCCUGGUUUGAGUGUCGCUUCAGUGCGUGUGUGUUGUGAAACCACAGAGAAAGCACAGCGUCAAACUCGGUGUAAAACUACAGAUACUGACUUGAUACUGUCGUCGAGAUGUUUUCAACCAGAGACGACAGUGUUGAAGGACGGACGAUGAGACGGAUAUCUUAGUUUGUCUACGAUGGAAAAUGGCACAGCCUGCUGCUCUGAAGGGACUUUAAUACCAGUAGAGAAAACCUCCGAGGCCUUUCGCAGAAGCAUACUUGGUCCUCUUCAAAGUUCAUUCUUGUAUGAAGAGUCCAAAGGCUGCUUUACUUACGAGUCUGCAGUUGUCAUAAGGUGUCCUGUCCUGGAAGAAAAGUAUCGAUUGUUUCGAGCAAAAAGAAGAGAUUUGGGAUAUUCUGAAGAGGACCUGGAGGAAACAUAUGGCUUUUUACUGUUUGAUGACUUCAACACGGCCACGGAGCUUGGAAAAAGUGGACUGCUCAGCGGAACAAGCGCUUGUACAACACUUGGGGAUCCUGCAAAGGGUGUUUAUGUGUCCAAGUACUCGGACUGUGUGGAUGAAAAUCGAUGGUAUCAUGGGAAAUCGGGGUUCAUCGCCAUCAUCAGGUUGACUAAGGGGCGAGUUAAGGAGGUCACUGAAAACUACACUCAGGACUUCACUGCACCCACACUGGGUUAUGACUGCCAUGUGUCCAACCAGUUCCAUCUCGUGUCUGCACGUACAAGUUCUUUUCUUGCUUUUGAAAGAACCCAGUGGUACUUAUACGAGCUAGUUGAUGAUGGAAGCGGUGGAACAACGCAAUCUCCAAGCCAUGCGUGUCCCGUAGCGGUUGUCUCUUUUUCCUAUACAGACAGCAAAACUGAGCUUCAUGCUCAGCUAGGGAAAAGCUCCGAGACGAAAAUGGUUCAACAUUACAUGCUCUGGAGGGGGCGUCUUCAAAUUGGCCCCCAUUCCUAUAAUGUGUGUCUGAGGUCUGUUCCAGGUGUCGCACUUCCGUCUAAGUUGCCGCCAGUGGUGACUGUCGACAAAGCCAUUUCCAUGCAGCAUCUGCGUCAGAUACUGCCAGAGUCUGUCUUUGAAUCCAGUGCUUCAGUUGAAGUGUGUGAAGAAGGCCUGUACUGCACUUUGCAUGAGAUUGUCACAGCCGAGGAAACGGUCCCUCUUUCUUUGCUUCUGCGGGAGAUGAAGGAGAAAGAUGUGGCGUUUGCUGUUCCUCUGGUUGACUUAGGCUUUCUUUUCCUCCUACACUCAAACCAUUUCCUCUCAUUCAAUGACACUGAGUCCAAUUCAAAUGAAACACUACAAGGCCUGUUUGUGUUUCCGAGCUCCCGCGUUAUACACAAAGAACUGAGGACUGAAGGACAAGUUUCAGCGUCGGAUGAGAUCCUUGAAAUUCUGCCGGUACUUUGUCAGGCUGAAGCUGAAGUGGAGAGAUUAGAUAUGCAGCCAGAAGAGGAGAUGUGCAAAGUGUUGGCGCACCAUAUUCAGGAAUACGGCGAACGGACUAAUCCAGGACUCGCAUUGACUCCAGAGCAAACCAGCAACUUCAUUGACCAGUUUGAUGUACCCAGUUGUCACAAACACUUGUACUUGUCACCGAAGUGGACACAGAAGAAGUGGCAAAACUUCAACUCGUACAUCAGCAAGCCAGAAUCUUUUCAGCUUUGUGUGUCCAAGGCCAGAGAGCUUCUCGCUGCUGGUAAAGAAGAGGCUGAAGACAUUGAAGAUGAUGUCAAUGAUUGUCUUUCAUCCUGGGAACAUCCUUUAAGUCCUGCACAAGAUUUAAAGUCAGCAAAGUCACCUGAGAAAGAUCUGACUUCUGUUGACGAACAUUCAACAAGUGCUCUCAUACCAGUUUGCGCUGCUGAAAUGAAUGAUUGUCAGCCUUCAAAGACCAAGUGUGACGCACACACUCUCCUCUCUGAUGCUAAAGAUAAUCCGUCAUUGCUUGAUGAGCCCCCAACAGAGCUGAUUUUCCGCAUCACCUCCGAGAAGACUGUGAAUGAAGACAAUCAUUUCUUCUCUGUAUCAUCUGAGCAGGACAAAUUGCCUUCCACAAGCUCAUCAGCCAAACUGGAAGUGGCAGCGAGCUCACUGAAUGAUGAGGUUGACAUCUGUGAACGAGACUUGGAAGUCAUGGAACAUGGGAUUUAUCACAGAAUUUCGAGGAAGAACCAGCCAGGCUUGUAUCUGGACAGUCAAGAGCUUCAUCAGAAAGUGGUGUCCCCCCCCCAUUCACCCAUGUGUGAACCUGUAGAUUUGAGUUUUAAAACGCUAAUGUUGUCGACAUCAUCUCCUCACAAAAGUGAGCAAAAAGAUGAAAAAGCCUUGGAAAGUGUUGUUCUGAGGCAACUUACGGCUUGUUUUCUGAAAAGGAAGUUGGAACGAUGGGAGUUAAUGCCAGUCAUCAGCACUUGUGGAAGAUUCUUGGUUCCUUUUGGGUCCUUGGAAGAGAAGGAUAGGAAGAGAAUUGUAACGGACAAUCCGCAGCUGAAAAGAGGCGAGUGUGUUGAACCACCUGUCCCACUUAGUGCAGAUGACAUGGAGAAAGAGGCGGAAGGGUUGAACUCCCUUUCUGACGCUGUGGUCAAGGAAAAAGAGACGACCUCUUGGGAGGAAGGCAGCAAUGCUGCCACUCAUGAUAGUCCAGAAUGCAGCACUUUAAGACCACCGGAAGAAAUUCCUACUGAAACCAAAUCAAAUUUGGAAAAAGAUGGAGUAGGAACUGUCUCUCAUGGGAGGGACUUAAGAUGGUCGGCUGUGACAAGGGAGAGUCUGUUAAACAAGCUGAAGCACAGAAUUGUUUGGAGUAAAGGACAUAAAAAAGGAGACAAAGCAGUGGAUUCAGUUGAAGAAUCCUGUUCAAAGAAGAACGAUGUCGAUCCUACAAUGUCUAAAAGUGACUCUGAUUCACAUGUUACUGUUCCAGUUACCAGUGAUGCAUCCCAGAAUGCAUCAGUUGAUCCACUGUUUGCCUUUGCUCUUGGCUUGACACCGAAGGAAUCGACACAAAAGAUGGAGACAAGUAAAGGUGGGGAAACUCAACCCUGUGAAGACUCGUCCAGCACUCGACUUCAAAUCAAGAAAAGACCGCCUCCGAUUUUUCUCAAAAGAAGCAAAAUGAAAACACUCAGAAAGCACCUGGAGGUCCCCAUGGAGCAUUUUGAGGGAAAAUGGUGGAUGCAUUUUAAACCCUCGUCUUGCAAUGACAGCACUGAGAGUGACAAGGCGUGCUCCGUGGGUCACUCUGUCAGCAAUACUCUUAUUCCUGAUAAGGCGGACCCCAGCUCAUCGUCCGAUGCCUUGACAUUACUUGCUGACUUGGCACUCAGUGCGACCUGCAACGUCCCUUCACUAGACACAAGUAGGAGUUUGAAAGAAAUUGACGUCAGUGCUGAAGACAAAUCGCUUCUUCAUCUUCUGCUCAAAAAGCCUGUUGAUAAACCUCAACCUCAGCCUCUUGUGCCUCACAUGUCAAAACCUCCUGUAGACACACAAGAAUUAGUCGAAUUGGUGGGGAGAGAACAUUCAUAUUCAACACCGCCACAAUCCCUUCAUCUGUUGUGUUUACCAGGCAUGGCUUUCCAAGUUCCACUUGUAACUGGUGAGUCCAGCCAGCCGCAACAACAGGGCAUCAUGCCUGAGAAUGGAACGGAAACGCAACCUGUCGAUGAAUGUCAGGAAAAGCGCCAAGUCAAAGAGGACUACCAGAGCACAGACUUGAGUAGAAGGUCCGCUCUUGACAGGCACUUUGUCAAAAAUGGUGCCUCAAUCAAGAUUACAAGGCAGUGGGAUGAAAAGUAUGACUUCAACUACGACAGCAGAUUUUCAUGUGAUUCUAAAGACAGGACGAUCAUCAGGGCCUUACAUGGGCCUUGGGAUAUCUCUGUUCAAGAUACUAAUGAAGAGAUGCGGCUGGUGGUCCACAUGUGGAUUGCACUCUUCUACAGCCGAUCAACUGACAGGUUUUUCCAGGUUGAUCCUCAUUUGCUGCGCCCAUCUUCAGGAGACGAUGAAGCUCUGGAAAACUAUUGUGGAGCGUUGAACUCUAUUCAGAGCGAGGCUGAAGCAAGACCGUUUGCUUCAGUGCUGGGUUUGGACACGACACACGUGUCUGUGAUGAAGUCAUUGGACCCGAGAGACCAAGAUCUGUCUCUUAUGGACACCAGACCUGACAUGGUGUCCAGUGAGUCCAUUGGAACCUCACUUUCCCCGGUCAAACCAAAGGAAAUGGAUGUGUCUGAAAAAGAAGAAGCUGGUGACACACUGGCAGUUGGGCAAGAGUCUGCCAGCCCAUUACAGUCUUCAUCCAAGGCUCACGAUGAGUCAGUUGAUGGCAAGGAAUCAGAUGCAAGGACUGCACAAGUAAAGCAACGCUUCAGAGACGUUGGUAGUCAAGUAAGCAGAAAUGAUGGAAGGUUAAUUCUGAAAGUAGAACCACCAGAGAUGACUCCACAGCACGACAUUGUUUCAGUUCGUGGCUUAAACAAUGACAGCACAAAAUCCUCUGAGCCUCUGCAUGAGCCCGAUAUAUUGCUUCACAAAAUUCUAACGGAAGGACCAAGGUUGGGGAUUGACGUAGACAUGGAGGCUGUAACUGUGAAAGCAACACCUUCCCUAUCUUCCCCUGAUGUGAAUAAGACUUGCCAGCAAGUCAGUUUGGGGUUUGAUAUGGACACCGGUUGUGUGAGUCAAAAUUCAGUGGAGGAUAAGAAGUUGGGGAUAAGACCAGAGACAACAGAAAUGUCACAGCCUGUCCUAGAUAUGUGUGAAACUAGCCAAGUGGUCCCUUCCGAAAGUGAGUCCGACACCAGAUGUCCAGAACCUAAGGAGGAAUCAGACAAGCUCUUGUCUUCAGGUAGUAGUCCCUCUCCUCUCCCUCCUUCUGUGGUGGGUGUACUUCCGCCAAAGCAAGUACCCACUGACAGGUCGGUUGUUAAAAAUCAGUCCAACUUGUGGCCUACUUUUCAUCCUGAUGCAAGGACUCAUAGAGUCCUUCAAAGUUUAGAAGCGAUUUUGCUUCACUCUCAACUCAACAAUGUAUGUGAAGGACCUGUGAUAGCUAAAAGGAUUCACAUAUCUAAUGCCAACCACAAACACACCUUGCUGUCCUCAGCUGCUGCUGAGAAGCACUCAGACCACCAAAAGCAAGCAGCUGACUCCAAAGACUCACAUGAGAUGAAGAACGGAUCAUUUGACCAAUCGCUUUUGACUAGCGCAAUGGAUGAAGCGCCUGAUCUCCAUAUCCAGGUGAAUGAGGUUAAUCGACCAGUGCUGCACGCCAGUUUGGGAGGUUUUGAAAUGCAGGAAACAUCUGCUGGUGGGUGUCUGAAAACCAGUGAACAAAACCUUGUAGAGGAUAAUGAAGUCAAGAAUGAGAGAAGGUGUGUAUGGCAAGAGGAACCCAAGGGGAACUCAUCAACUGUGUGUAAAGGUGAAAAGCCCAACAUUCCUGCUUUCAAAAACUUCAACUCCUCCAUCACACUUGAGACUACUGAAGGAAGUUCUGAGCUUGGGAAACCUAGCUUUAUCCGUGAGCGGUCCAUUGAAGAGGGAGAGACUUGUUCAUCCGACGAUUCCUUUUCUGCAAACGUGACAGUUGCUGAAUCUGCUGUCAUGAACGGGGAAGUAGCAGAAAACGUUGAAUCGCCUCAAGACAAAGCAGGAAGUCCAGUGGACCAAUCCCAGGACUCGCUAAUGUGUACAGUCUUCAACACCAAUCCCAAACCACGUCCUUCGUUUUUGGAGCGCCUGUCCAACAGGUGUCAACAAACUGACCCUACUCAAGCAUCUGUUGAGCAGGAGUGUCUUAUCUUCUCUGAGAAAAUGAAACUGCUUUUAAAAAGCAGUUCCAAUAGAUUUGCUAAGCAAAUGAAGGCACAUGAAAACAUCAAGUGGCCAUUUGUGAGCUUUGCAGCCACAAAACCGUUCAGUCCUAUGAAACAGGAGUCUGCAGAGGAGGUAGUGGAUGCCCCAGCACCCAACGGAGGGAAUGGUGCAUCGGACGUCCCUAUUGGGAAAAUAGAGGACAAUAAACGAAAUAUCCCAAAAGAAGAAGACAGACCGUCUAAAAAGCAAAAAGUGGCUCUGGAUCAAAAUCUCGAUGUGGGCGUUUCUGCCGUGACCACAGAAUGUGCCAUGUUGUACACAGCAAUAAUGGACCAUGUCUGUAGUGGCAAAACGGUUGGUCCUGGGCACAAGGAGCUCCAGACCAACAAGAGGGGCCCAAAAGAAAUUGAGGAGAACUGCUAUGACCCCAGCCACUUCAAGAGACAGCUGGACGAGUCCUACAAGAAUAAGUUGAAUUCUCUGGUAAAGAAGUCGUGCAGAUCUAAGUUCAGGUUCUACAUAUUGGUUACAUCUGAAGACUCCUUCUUUGAGAAAACCAAGUCACUGUUAGAAGAAGAGGGCCAUUCUCCUGACCAUCCGUCACAUUUCUUGCAAGACAAAGAAAGUUUGCCGUCACUCUUCGUCAUCCUCAGAAAUGAAGAUAUUGCGGAACACAUUCGCGAGAUUCCACAUUUGCUGGAGCUGAAAAAAUCUCCCAACGUGCGGUUUGCUGGGAUCGACGAACCUGACGACGUCGUCAAUCUCACAUAUCGGGAACUUUUCCUGAGGGGUGGAUUCAUAAUGGUUGACCGGGCUGCGAUGGAUUCUUUAUCUCCAUGUCAAAUCAAGCGAGUGAGCGAGACCUUGACAGAGCUGAGCAAAAGUGGGAAGUGGAAAUGGAUUUUACACUACCGAAUCAGACAUCGAUUGAAUGUUAAUGCAAGAUUAAGUGAAGAGUCAAGAGAGAAGAAGCACUUGUUGGACGGGUGUGAAGAAGCUGGACUGCUGGAGGUGUUGCCUUACCAUGAGUGUGAUCAGAAAUCACGAGAUGGACCCGAUUAUGCCGCAUGUCUGGCCAAGUUGCAGAUUCAAAAUAUAUCUGCCCGCUUCUCUGUGUUUUUAUCAGAUGCUCCAGAUGGAGAACUAGGGAGAAGUGGAAUUUUGACGAUGACUGUGGAGUCUUUUUUGCGAGUUUCAUCCACCAAGAUGUUAACAGGUUGACCUGGGACAGAAACUGGAUACAACUUCUGUUGUCCUUACAAAGUAAAAGGAGUUCUGAAUAUUACCAAAAACUCAAAUUAACAGUAUUUAAGAAAGGGUAAAAGGUUACUGCUUACCAUUUCCCAGUUCCGUUAAGUUCGCUUUACAAGUCAUGACACUCUUUAGCCAAGUCUCAUGCGCCGCUUUUGUGAAUAGUGUACAACAUUGUUUUGAAGACAGGUGUUCAUUUUUAUGAAUAUAAGUUAAGAGAAGAACAAUUUCUUUAAAAUGUUCAGUAUGUACAGUGAACAAAGGUGUCUGUAAUACAGUAUGUUUCAGUGUUUUCAGUGAACACUGCUAGCGAGUCCCGUCAACAUGAUGCCACCUACAGAUCGCCCAGCAGUGAAAUGACUCACAGAUUUGUUGGCACUUGAAAUGGUCCUUCUGCUACACUACGUUCAAGUUGGCCUCGUUGACCAUCAUCAGCCUAUGGUCGCCUCUACAAAUAUUGUUGACUUGACCAAAUAUUCAUUUUGAAUAUUUGUGUCAUGGAUGUUGUUGUGAAAUAAAAGUUAAAAUGCCGCAGAUUUUAUGGAAACAUGUUCUCAGUUUAAUAAUGCUUCUAGUCAAGACACUUCUCCCAGCGGUUUAACAAAUAGGAAAAAGUGUAAAUGUGCCUUAUGAGGUCUAAAUCAAAAUCUUAUUACUUGAACUGCUGCUGACACAACAGCUUGCCGUUAACAUUUUGUUUACAUCUUUAUUCUAGGGUUUUAGCUUUGUUCUAUACCUUAGACUGGAAUGCCUGGUCACAGGUGACUAGUUUGGGAGACAUCUUACCAUUGCACACACCUACACAGACAGCCCUGGAAUGGUCAAGUGGCCUGUCCAGGGUGAACCCUGCCUCUUGCCCUAUGUCGCUGGGAUUGGCUCCAGCCAUUCGUGUUGUGUAGCCAUGCGUCAUUGGAACCCAUACAAGCAAAUGAAACUAAGUCAUUCAGAACUGUAUUCAAUUCGAUGAGUAAAAUUGGCAGCAUAUCAAUUGAAAUGUCAUUUAUGAUUGUUUAGUGUGUUGAUGCCACGUGGGAGACGCUAAUCAUAUGUCCUCUUCCAUUUGAAAUGUCUCUGGAUCUCCUUGGGAGCGCCUUAACACUUCAUUGUCACCCAGCAACGUAGUAAAUUUAAAAAUUAUUGCUUUGGAAUGUGUGAUGUAUGUUACUCUACCUCGUUCAUUAAAUAAAGCAUGGACAAUUUUUCUUCCUA